AUGUCGGAGAACGAUGUGUCGUACGACGAUGUGCCAUGCGAUUUGAUGAGGCUUUUAUUCACAAAGCAGCGUCCCGAGGACCUGGUAAUAGCCAUGUGCGUCUGCAAAUCAUGGCGCGCCAUAAUUCGUGAUUCUUCCUUCGUAUAUGCGCAUCUUAAACACUGUCGUCGCACCUCCCUCACCGAUCAUAAUGCCAGUUUGAUAGUGGAUGGCGCACACAACUAUGACGCUUUCCAAUUCUCCAUGCAGUAUAGCGAAGAGUUUACCGGCCACCGACACUGUAGAAUCUUAUUCGAUAAUCUAUAUUACACUGUGGAGACUUCAAGUGAUGGAUUGGUCCUACUAUCCGCCACUGGUUGCAGGCAAAAAAUGCUUUUAUGGAACCCCGCCAUAAGAAAAUUCAAGCUUGUUCCUAUUUCUGGCAUAAGAAAUCUACCUCAUUGCCGUACUGGGUUUCGUCCUGUUCAUGAGCAACAAGUUUUGGUUGUUGGGUUCGGCUGUAUUGAAUGUAAUAAUAAGUAUGACUAUAAGAUAGUUCAGGUUUUAUACUACUUCUCUGAUAACGCAUUCCAACAUUCUUAUGUUACGGUUUACUCACUGUGGAGCAAUUCUUGGAGAAGAAUCAGAGCUACUCCUCCUUGCUAUACUAACGUCGAUGUGUCCAAUGCAUUUGUUAAUGAAGCAGUGCACUGGCGGGCCGAGUCGUCUGCAGACUGUUGGGUGAUCAUGGCGUUUGAUUUGAGGGAGGAGGUGUUUCGGGAAAUACCACUACCAGAUCAUCACCAUGAUUAUUACAGUAUGUAUUGGUACAUUGCAGUGUUUGAGGAAUUACUUAGUGUAGUUUUGCACUACCAGAACCAAGAAGGGUAUGAUUUUGUUGAAAUAUGGGUGAUGAAGGAAUAUCGGGUGGUGGAUUCCUGGUCUAAACUGUUCGUUCUUGGACCGACAAGGUUCUUAUACCCUUCGGGAUAUAUGAAGAGUAGGAGGGUUUUGCUGGAAAGCAGGUUUGAAAAGCUAGUUAUAUACUAUCCCAACCAUGGACAGAGACAAGACGUCAUGCAUCCUGUUGGUUUAACCACAUACUUGGAAAGCCUUGCUUUGCUUGAUGAUUAA